UGUAACGCCAUCUUUAAAAGCAAAGCGGAGCUGCUGUCCCACCAGCGCAGCCAUCGCACACGACCCGUUUACCAGUGCAGCCAGUGUGACAGGACGUUCCACCACCUGUCCAGUCUGACCAAUCACAAACAGACUCACCUGGAAAAGGCCGGGUUCACCUGCAGUAAGUGUGAUAAAGUGUUUGAGUCGUCCAGAGAGAGAGACGCUCACCGGCUGACACACCGCCUGCCCGACCUCUCCUGCACGCUGUGUCACAAGACGUUCAGCUCGCAGACGCAGCUGCUGAGACACCUGCAGACGCACUCAGUGGAGGGGGCGGAGCUAUGCUACAACUGUCGCUUCUGUGAGCAGAGCUUCACAGGUGUGACUCAGCUGCGGAUCCAUCAGCGCACACACACGUCUCGCUCCUAUCAGUGUGAUCAGUGCAGCAAGGCGUACGGCUCUCUCACCGGCCUCAACUCCCACCGGGCAAGCCACGGCGCCCAGAGCCGCUUCCUGUGCUCGCAGUGUGGCAAACGCUUCAAAACGCGCGACGGGCUGGAGGGUCACCUUAGGACGCACAGCGGGGAGCGACCAUACCGCUGCCCCUACUGCCCCAAAGACUUCACCGCGCUCGCCGGCCUCAAUGUGCACGUGCGGCGCCACACCGGAGAGCGUCCGUAUGUCUGCAUGGUGUGCGGGAAAGGCUGGCCAUCAGGAGGAGACCUGCAGAAACACAUGAGGACGCACACGGGGGAGAGACCCUACGUCUGCCAGGACUGUGGGAAGGCUUUUUCUAUUUCCUGUCACCUGACCGAGCACCGCAGGAUACACACAGGAGAGAAACCCUUCUCGUGUCCUGAAUGUGGGAAAUGUCUGAGGAGGAAGUUUGACCUGAAGAAGCACAUGUUGUCUCACAGCAGCGUCCGGCCGUACGGCUGCAUUUACUGCUCAAAGAGCUACACGCGCAAAACUCACCUGAACAGACACCUGCUGACACACCGGGCAGGUGACGGGGAGGCAGGGCUAGAGACGCCGGACCAAUCAUAA